AUGGAGUACUGGAGCCGUGAACACAAGUUUCUAGGAGACAAAAGGAAAGCUGCUGGGUUUUCGAGGUCCUCGGACUUCGCUAAGUUACACUCCCCGCUCGCCCUUCCUCUGCACGCAGACACCAACAGAGGUGCCCGGGGUCGGCGCCCGGGGCUCGGGUCGCCAUUUGCCGACCGCCUCAAGGGCCGGCCACGCGGGCGGCCCGGCGCGGACAGCGGCGCGGCGGACGCCCUCCGGGCCGACCCAGGACCCGCGCGGGCCGGCCACCGCCGCGUUACUGCCCCGCGGCGCGCCACCGCGUCCACCCCGCCGCCGGCCUCGCUCGGCCCCGCCGCCGCCCCCGUCCCGCUCAGCGCGGGCCGCGCCGGCCACCCGCGGGCCUCCGACACUCACCGGCGCGCGCGGCCGAACCGCGGCCCAGACCCAGGCUGCCGUGGCCGCCGUGCCCGGCUGCUCCGCACUGUCCCAGCGCUGCCUGGAGCCCCACACCCCCGUCUGGCCCGCCUCCUCUGCGCCUCACCCCGCAGCCGGGCCGCCGCCUUUUCUCUUCUCCGGGCCUGCUCCAGGGGCAGCCGCCCUCCUCCCGCGCCCCGCCCCGCUCCGCCCCGCCCACCAGCCCCAGCCGGGCGGGAACGCGCACGCAGGGCCCAGCGGGAACGCGCACGCCGCCCUCUGACUCUGCCACGGCGACGUGGCGUAGAGUGGGAAAGUCAGCUUGGAGAAGUGCUGCUCUGGAGCUAG